GAGUGCCGUCAAACACCCAACGUCCCACCGUCCCAGGAUGCUCCUGGCAGGGCGUCCCGGUGCCGGUCAAACCUCCCAUCUGGCCCCCGCCAUCCUGCACGCUCUGGAGCGCUUCCCCGUCCACAGUCUGGACUCGGCCGUGCUGUUCGGAGUCAGCAGCACCUCGCCGGAGGAAGCCUGCGCCCAGGUGUUCUGCGAGGCCAAGCGGACAUCUCCCAGCAUCCUCUACAUGCCCCACAUCCAGCAGUGGUGGGACACAGCCGCGUCCUCGCUGAGGGCGUCCUUCCUCAGCCUGCUGGGCAGCAUCCCCUCCCUCUCCCCCAUCCUCCUCCUCGCCACCUGCAGCGUCCCCCGACAACAGCUGGACCCAGAGAUUCAGCUUCUCUUCCGGGAGGAGUACGGCGAGGUCUACACCGUCAGCGUUCCCAUGCGGCUGGAGAGGACCGACUUCUUCCGGGACCUCAUCCUGAACCAGGCGGCAGAGCCUCCACCCUCCACCAAAAGAGCACUGACUCAGGCCAUGGAGAUCCUUCCCCUGGCUCCCCUGCCCCCCCCACGCCAGCUGCCCGAGCAGGACCGCCUCCAUCUGGAGCAGCAGGAGGAGGACGUCCUGCGGGAGCUCCGCCUCUUCCUGCGCAACGUCACCGAGCGUCUGAGUCUGGACCGCCGCUUCAAGGCCUUCACCAAACCGGUCGACAUCGAGGAGGUCCCGGACUACAUGUUGGUGAUCAGGAAGCCCAUGGACUUCUCCACGCUGCUGACCAACAUCGACGAGCAGAAGUACGUCACCGUCGGCGAGUUCAUGUCGGACGCCGAGCUCAUCUGGCAGAACGCCCUCGAGUACAACCCGGACAGCGACCCCAUGGACCGUCACAUCCGUCACCGUGCGUGCGCCCUGAAGGACACGGUGCGCGCCAUCAUCCGAGACGAGCUGGACGAAGACUUUGAGAGAGUCUGCGAGGAGGUCAAGGAGUCGCGCAUCAAGAGAGCGUCUCUCUGCAGGCUGGAGGGCAGCUCGAAGGAGGCCGAUGGCGUCUGCAGCUCGGCCAGAAACAGCCCUGGACCUCGGAAGAGAAAACGCCCCAAACAGCCGAGAAAAUCCAAGUGGAGCACCGGCGUCAUCAAGAAAACCAAGAAGAAGAAGAAGAAGCCGCCCACCCCCGCCUCACCUCCCUCUCCGCCCACGUCUGACUCGGGCCCGGAGGAAACGAGAACACCGAACGGCGCCUCAGCUCGCCCGAGCUCGUCCGCCUCGCCGUCCGAGAGCUGCGACGACGACCACGGGGAGCACCCGAACGCCGCCGCCGCGAACGGGUUCCACCGCGACUUCAACGGCGUCUCGGAAAUCCAGAACGUCGGAGUCCUCGCGAACGGGUGCCGCCGAACUCCCCCGAACCCGAACGCCGUGGCGAACGGGGUUUGUUUUAGAACAACAGCGGAGCGGAGCAGCUGUGAGACCAGAGCCAACAUGGCCGCCCAGGAGCAGAUGCAGCUGUUCAGCAGAGCCGGCUGCGUGGACAUACUGGACGGGGAAACGCCGCCGCUGGUCGUCGACCACGGCAAACUGAGGGAUCUCCUCAGCAGAGCCGUGGCGAGGACCGAGCGAGCCGAGGUGGAGGUUCUGGAGAAGCUGUACGCCGUGCUGGCCCAGUGCAUCUACCGCCACCGCCACGCCUACGACAAGACGGCGCUCGCCAAGGAAAUGAAGAAAGAAAUCGACAGCUCCUCCUGAUCUUGCCCAUCAGGUCUAUUUUAAUAAAACCUCAGAGCAUUCAAACAGGACGUUGUUAACUCCUCAUUUUGAUAGUGACACACAAAUUUACCUCAGUAUCUAUCUAUUUAUCUAUUUAUUUAGCCCGUUUGAUCUUAUUUAUAAUAGAGUAUAUAAUAACGUGACCCAUUCAUGUAAAAAAGAUCCCGAGGACCAUGUUAUUUCAUCUUAAUUCAUCGUGAAAUAAACUAGAAUAAAAG